CGAACGAGUGUGGGUUGUACGAAUCGCUUGUUCACAAUUAUUCAGAGAUCUACGUUUUUCGAGUGAAGUCGUGUUUGCUCCGAAACUAAUGAAUUACAUAAAAAGGGAAGGAAGUGUGAAAAUGAUUUAUAAAAUAUUUUUUUUAUUGGUCUUAAGUUUCAACUACGAUACAUUUACUGCUAACGCGAGCAGUGAUUGUACACCCCGCCGGACCAAGUACGGCUUAGUGUGUGUUUGCACGGUGGAUCACUGCGAUUAUUUGGAGAAUCCCCAGCCCAGCUCAAACGAGCUUGUAGUAAUUUCUUCAAGCAAGGAAGGCCUACGCUUUGCUGUAAGUAAGUUAAGCUUUGGCGAAAUCAAUACAAAAACAAAUACAGAGACAAGUUUAAAUGAAAGCAACGUCGAUUUCGAAAAUUCAGCGGUGAUCGUCGAUAGUCGACAAACUUUUGCACAGCUUUUGAUCGAUACGGGCGAACUUUUAACUUCCAGAUUUACAGCGAACAGUCCACUUAAACUACGAGUGAAUCGCUCAGUGGAAUAUCAAAAAAUUACAGGCUUUGGUGGUGCAUUCACCGGUACGGUUUCACAUUUAUUGGGACAAUUGGAUCAGAAGCUUCAAGAUCACAUUUAUAAGUCAUAUUAUCAUAAGGAUGGUAUCGGCUUCAAUAUGCUACGCACCCCAAUUGGUGGCUGUGAUUUUGAUCUUGCACCUUGGGCUUAUAAUGAGGAGCCUCGUGAUGAUCCCAAACUCUCAAAUUUUCAAAAGUUAGAUCCCCGCGAUGAAAUUAAAGUCCAACAAAUGGAGCGUUUAAAGUCAGCAUCCGAUUUGGAAAACUUAAAAAUCAUGGCUGUGGCUUGGAGUUCGCCAACUUGGAUGAAGACAAACGGACAGUGGUCAGGCAUAGGAUUGUUGAAGACUGAAUAUUAUCAGGCUUGGGCUGAUUAUCAUCUGCGAUUUAUAGAGUUAAUGGAUGCUAAAAAUAUGCCGAUAUGGGCCAUAUCAACCGGUAAUGAGCCGCUUAACGGAAUCGCCUUUUUCUUUUUCGUCCACUUCAUGAGCCUUGGUUGGAUACCAAGGAACCAGGCAGUUUGGCUGAAUGACUUUCUUGGACCUACAAUUCGAAAAUCGAAAUUCAAAAAUGUUCUGAUAUUCGGAAAUGACGAUCAACGAUAUUCUUACCCUUCGUGGUUUAUUCAAAUGAAUCGCACUCGCCCAGGUGUUCUUAACUACCUGGACGGCUUAGCGGUACAUUGGUAUUGGGAUGAAAUGUUUGCACCCAAUCUAGUAGAUUUAACAGUUGCGCAGUUGCCGGGCAAAAUUGUGCUGAACACUGAAUCCUCAAUAGGAGACAAGCCAUGGCAAACCCAUGGACCCGAACUUGGUUCGUGGGAACGCGGUGAACAGUACGCACGUGAUAUCUUGCACAACCUGCAACAUUCCUACAAUGGCUGGAUCGAUUGGAAUAUCGUUUUAGAUGAGCAAGGUGGGCCGAAUUACGUGAAUAAUUAUGUGGACGCGGCUGUGAUUGUGAAUGCCACAAAUCGCGCUGAGAUAUACAAACAGCCCAUAUUCUACGGCAUGGGUCACUUUUCGAAAUUCCUGCCCGAGGGUUCGGUGCGUAUUGAGGCGAGAAUGCUAAGCGUGGCUGUGGAGGUGGUUGCUUUCAAGCGGCCCGAUCAACGCAUCGCUGUGGUGCUGCUCAAUAGCGAAAGCCGUGCCGUCGAUGUGCUGCUGACUGACAGUGUGCGCGGCGAGAUAAAGAUCAAUAUACCAGCGCAUUCAUGGCACACGAUUGUCUAUAAUUAAGUGCGCACACAACUACACAUACAUACAUACAUGUAUGCAAAACUACUUUUUAAACUAAAUCAUAUUUCUAGACUACUUCGGGUUUUACACCAAUUCGUUGAGCAAAUACUAUAAGUUAAAAACUUGACAAAUAAUUUUUGAAAAUAAAAUAAAAUUAGUACUUAAAAUUUUGCA